AGAUUAUCCGUUUAACCACCCACCGGCAAGUCAAAAGACGGUAAACCGGAAUCCUUUACCCUUCAGCCCCAUCUGUAAACCCUCCGGACCGCAGUAUAGCCCUGACAUGGACUCUGUUUGCUAUCUUGUUUGCCCAUAACAAAAAUGCCCGCGGCCCCCCCCUUCUGUAUGUGUGUGAGGAAGCAGAAUAAGGAAAAAAAGUCUUCCCCGCUUCAAAAAGGAGGAAAGAGCAGCUGUCUGGGCUCCUGCACCCGGAAGAGCGGAGGACACCCGGAUUGGGGUGGAUUUGUAAUAGACUUUGGAGUCUUUAGUAUAUGAGGUGAUGGUGUGUGACAGAUCCCGGGUGUAGACGGGGCCCAAAGACAAGGUUUUGCGCUGAAUCUCAUCUUGUCCCACCCGGACUUGAUAGGUGACGGGGUGACGGCAGGAUGCUUCAUCUACGCCACUGACACCAACAAUCCAGCGUUCAGAUCUGAUCUUAGAAGAUUUCUAUGCUGCAGAGAUGCAGUGGCUGCAGUUACCUCAGGAAGUCCUCCUGCACAUAUUCAAGUUCCUGUCCCCGACGGAGAAGGCAAACGUCCGGGCCACAUGCUCCUACCUACGCACGCUCGUCGACCAUCACUCCCUAUGGAAAAACAGCACCAUCGUCUUCAAGAGCAUCGGGAUCUUUAACGCCCGCUUCUGGGACACCCUUCAGAGCAGGAAGAUCUCUUCGGUGGAGGUGACCAGGGUGACCCUAAAACAGUUCAAGAAGAUGACCAGCUCCUUGCCGGACCUGACCAGUGUCACCAUGGACUCCUGCCUUAAAGGGGAGAUCCUUCAGGGAUUGAGGCCGCUGGUUAAUCUCCAGCAGCUGCAUUUGACGGACUGCUCCAACGUGAUGGACCAGGACAUCUUCUCGGAGAUCGCCCUCUUCCAGCAGCUGACGCACCUCUCUCUGUGCAGGGUGUCUUUCUCAGGGGUCGUACCGUUAACCAGCAUCGUCCUGCUGCAGAACUUGCAUUCGCUGUCGUUGCAUUCGAAGGAAGGCACGGUGCCCGAGAGGGCUCUCCAGUAUACCUUGUUUAGGCUGCCGAAAUUACGCGAGCUUUCCCUCGCGGUCGGAAACAUGAAUAAGUGGAAGCUUUCUCUGUGCUUUAAUGUUCCGGAUAACUUUGUGGUUACGGCGGAAGAGCCGCCGUGUUUAUCGCGAUUACAGCUCCACAAACUGGAACUGAUAAACUCCAGCUGCGCCAGCCUAUCCAACAACGCCUUCGACCAGCUGUCCACCCUGAAGAGCGUCUGUCUGCGGCACUACAAGUUUCUUCAACACGAGGACUUCAUCGAGACCCUUCUACUGAAGCUGCCCGACCUCAUGGAGCUCCGCGUCGAAUGGGCGUCGCCGUUUGUGCCGUUUAUGAGUCCCAUAUGUUCUAAGUUAGAAAAGUUGAGUUUAGUAGGGACGAAAAUUUCCAAUGCGACACUCAGCUGGGUCUCCAGGAGUGCCGCCCAGCUGAAGUGCCUGAACUUGAGUUUUUCGCACGGAUACGACGAAGACAUCGUGAAAAGGUUUCCGCGGCUAUUUCCACAUCUGCAAAACCUCUACCUCAGUAAUACCCGGUUGACUGAAGAUGCGCUGGUUGUUUUAGUCAACUUGCACACUCUGCGCGUUCUCGACAUUUCCAACAACCUGCACCUGACCCCCGAAGCCAUCCUCGCCUUUAGAAAAAUGACAUCGAACAGAAUCGGCUUAAUCCUUGAGAGACCCAUUGAAAGUGUAAAGUACUGCUGCUGGUGAGACGGACUCUGAAGGUGACCGGGAGACCUGCUCCUUCCUGUAACGUUCCACUCCACUUCACACCGCCGCGAGAAGAACACGGGAGAGACGUCUUCGGGAGAGUUGUUCGGUUAUUUUUAUUUUUUGUUUUUUGUUUAUUUAUAAAGAUGAUUUAUAAAUUUCUUAAUUUAUUUUCUAAGCUUAGUGUAGAGGGGGAAAAAAAACCCGAAAAAAACAAAA